GAAGAAGAAGAAGGAAGAAGAAUAUGAAGAAGAAGAAGAAGAAGAAAAAGAAGAAGAGGAAGAAGGAAGAAAGGAACAUUGACAUGCUGGGCAGAUUCCGCAGUGAUUGUGACAUUCGUUAUGCAGAGUUUCGCCAUACGCGAAACACGCGCGAUUCACCUACACGCAAGGACCGACAGGAAGCAGCUGAUGCCGGACAGCGACAAUAUAGCGAGAUAUCAGCUGAAAAGACCACAAACGAUCAAGGAGAAAGUUCGAGGCGGUGUUACUUCGCUACCUUCACGAUAUCCGUACCUAAGCUGCAGCUACUGACGGGUAUCAACCCCUGUCAGAGGUUGCCGACGACGACGAAUGGGACCCCACACCGGAGGACACCCCCGUCAGAAUCCCCUCCUGGCCACCGCAGUGCCUGCAGGGGGCAAGCCAGCGCCAGCUGCGAGGGUUCGCCCGGGGAUCGGGUCUCGGGCCCUUGCUGGGCGCGAGCCCACCACCUCCCGGUGCCGGUGCGUUAGAGCGCCAGUGCGUCAGCGCACCGGUGCCGUUCACCAUCACGGGGAGUGGACGUGGGUGCCCGCGGGCAGACGUAAGGAGUCGCUCGGGGGUUCGGAGACCACCGGCUGCCACCAUUUGGCAUGCGGUGACGCAGACCGUCACCACCGCGGAUGCAAUGACGCAGACUACUUGCGAGGUCUGCAACUGCACGCACCCGGUGGAGGCCUUGUCCCCGCGCCGAUGCCCGUGGAACGAGCCGUCGCGCUC